CAGCGGGGUCACACCAAGGUUAGCUUCUUCAAUGGCUGCCUUGAUUGGUCGUGGCUGGCUCUAAUGAGUGUGUGUAAUUCUAACCGCCCACACUCCCACUGGCUAGACCGGCCGGCCCCUCUUUCACCGCCAUUGUCACCAGUCUCUCUCCUUGCAGACUGUCUCAAACGGCCCCACCCCCACCGCCACCCCACCUCACGUCUGGCUGGAAACGCUCCCUCUUUCAAAGAGCAGGAGGGGGGUUAGGGGGGGUUUGAGCCUGCCCACAGGAGCACGUAACCGAGAGGCAAUCUUUUGAAUGAAUGCGAGAGGAGAAGACGGGGAAAAAACGCAGGACGGCAAGAUGUGGGGAGCCGACUCCUAAUAGCCAACGUUAGCUACGCCGGGAGGCAGCGAUCAUGGCGUGAAAAAUACGGGGCCGGAAAGGAAGACUUUUACAGCUGGCCGCUGUAGAAGUAGUCCUCCCUUUCCGCGUAGGGCCGCUAACUGGCGGCUCUUCCCCGGUAUCCAGUUUCUCCCGAUCCUCAUGCAAAACCUAACGGUCCGGGGCAGCUCCAACUCUAACUCCAAUGUCAUUUGUUCCUGCAACUGCACCGGAUCCCAGCCCCAGGGGAUGGAUAUAUCUGAACUGGAGUUUGUUCAGAUAAUCAUUAUAAUCGUGGUGAUGACUGUGAUGAUCGUAGUGAUCGUGUGCUUGCUGAACCACUACAAGCUCUCCAGCUGGUCCCUCAUCACCAGACACAGUCAGAGCAGGAGACAGGAGGAGGCCCUGAGGCCGGAUGGGUGCGCUUGGCCGUCGGAUAGUCUGGUGUCGCAACACGGAGCCUCAGAGAUGAUGUACGGGGCGCGUUCUCGGGAGAGGUUCACCGCCCCCUCCUUCAUGCAGAGGGACCGAUUCGGCCGCUUCCAGCCCACCUACCCAUACCUGCAGCACCAGAUCGACCUGCCGCCCACCAUCGCCCUGUCGGACGGCGAGGAGCCGCCCCCGUACCUGGGGCCCUGCAAGCUGCAGCUGCGGGACCCCGAGCAGCAGAUGGAGCUGAACCGCGAGUCGGUGCGCGCGCCGCCCAACCGGACCGUCUACGACAGCGAGCUGGCCGGCGGGCCACGCCCGCCCAGCUGCAACUCGGGCGUCAGCGCCACGAACUCGGGGGGCCGGGGGCCCGCGGAGGGGCCGCCGCCCGCCUACAGCGAGGUGGCGGGCCGCCACCCCGGCUCUUCCUCCUCCUCCUCGUCCUCCUCUCUACACCAGCACAGCAAUAACGCGCCCUCGGCCCAGAGGCCCGGGAGCAGGACAGUCCCGCAGGGCAGGAGCGAAAGCACAAUAGUCCUUAUCAAGGCCAAGGAGGGGCGCAGAGAUAAACUGGUGUGAAGUUUGGGGGGAGGCGGGGUCUUGGGGACCUGCCCCCCUCCUCCCCCCCCCACCUCUUCGACAGAAAAGGGGUGUGGCUUCAUUCUUAACACUCCCUCUGCACUUGAUUUAGAUGUUGACUUUUACUACAGCAACAAGCAAGCAAACAAAUGGGGGGGGGGGGGAAGAGGAACCAACUUUUUAAAAAAUCGUGAGCUUUUUAAGUCAUUUUGCGAGGACUGCUGCGUGGAUGUUUUGGCUUCAUAGCAACUUUUUUUAUUCUUUCAUUUAUUUCAGAAAAAGAUGAUUAGCACAGACUGACUAAACCCCACGCCCACUCUGAGGACUCAUCUGGUCAUAGGAUUGAGUGUCACUCUCUUUGCGAGACCAAGGUCUUGUGCACAACCAAGAUUGAAAAACCAAUCCAAAUCUGAGUGCCAAGUUUCAUGUGGAAGUCAUUUUGGGGAAUUGACUUGUUUAGCAUUCAAAAGAAAAACUAUAUUGCACUAUCUUAUUGUUUUAAAGAGAAGAGGGAAAUGCUGUUUAUUAUUUAUGUGUUUUUUUUUUUUUGUCCAUUAGCUCCAAAGGUAUUUUUCAGUGGGAGCAACUGGCUUUUUUGUUAUUGAAAACGUGACAUGUACUCAGAUCCAGCCUAAAAUCUCCAUGAUUCAAAUGUGAGGAGACACUUGAAAACAAAAGUAUACAUACUUGUUCACAUUCCAUUACGCUUCCAACAGACCACUGAGUCCGGUGGGUAGAAGGCCUGUGGACACUGUUUUGAGAACAGCAUAUGAAAUCUUGUAUGUCACUUUACUCCCCCCCGCUUGGUCAAACUGCCCACUGCGGAGAUGGAGAAGUGAAAGCCUUUGGGUUGUCAUUGUGAACGCACCUUUCUUUUAAUGACAUACCGUCAUGUUUUCAAAUUUUCUCAAGAUGGACUCAUUUUCUCUCAGCAAAAAGUUCCCGUCCACCCGCGGGCACUUUGUUGAGAGUGAACAGCUGGAUUUUGUUGUGUACAUUUAAUGUGAUGGAUUAGGGCUAAAUUUGGUUCUGUAUAAUGUUUCCACCCCCCCCCCCCCCCCAUCUCUCAUCCAGUUUCAGUCAGUACCAAGGAAACGGACAGAAUUCUGAGAAAAUGAGCAGGCCCAGGUCAGCAGUCCCAUAUUCAUUUUCCCGUUUUCCUGAUCUAAUGGAAAUCCAAGGACUGGAAUUUCCAGGUCAAGCCCACCCAGCUUUGUGCGCUGGUUUGUCGCAGGCCUUCCAGCCGACCGCUCAGAUCGCGCAGACGUUCACCCGCUCCCCUUGGCCCUCGUUCUCUGCACUUAGCGCCAUCUGUCUCCAUACAGACGUACCAUGCGCAUUCCGCCAUUGUCAAAAAAGCCAACAAAGAGAAAAAAAAAAAAUCCAGAAGCUGGAAGACCGCGUGCGUGAUGGUGUAAUCAGGUUUAGAACUGUGAUUAAGUCAAGGGCUGUGCUUGCGAGGGUCAGUUUUUUAAAUAUCCUCAUAGAUUUAGCCUCCUCCUGUGCACUGUCGCCGCGCCCUCCUGCUCUCGCUACGCAGCGUUAAACCCCCCCUAGCCACGACUACUUGUGCAUUGUUUACUACCUGCCUUUGUCCUUGUGCGGAGGGUGUCUUUUACAAAGCCGGGCUUGCAGGUUCCUUCAGAGAGUAGCCCGGACGCUGUUUGGACAAGGUUCGCCACACCUAGGCUUUUCAGCGGGUUCUUCCAUGCAAAAAAAAGAAAGAAAUAAUGAAAGCAAAAACUCUUGUAGCAACAGAGCAAGAAAUAGCAGAUGCUCAUAAUUGCGUAAUGGGAGCUUCUGGUUUUGAAGUGCAUCUGCAGAAAUCCACUUUUGUACACUUUUGCUUAUUUUUAAAUACGAAAAAUAUUUUGUCACUAUUUUGAUUCGAUAACUAUGCCCUAGUUAUUCAUGUGAUAUUGUAAUUAAGAAAGUAAUAUAUUUGCUAUGGUUAACCACGUUUGUAUAGAGGAGAUACAGACAGAGACUUCAGAUUUAGCCUCCAACCAACCCAUGCCCACCAAUAAGACGUACUUUAGGGCACUGUAGCCUUAUCAGCUAGUGCCCUGUAGGGGGUAUGUCGAUGUUCAUACAGGUCUUGUACGAGUUCCCUCUUGAUAGCCGUCAACGAGCGGUCUGCAUCAUAGUUUAGGUUUCCAGUUGGCCAAUCUCAGCUGACUGAAAAAAAUAACUCGGCACAAGCAGUGAUAAAAAUAAAAAAAAUUAAGUAUUUAUUUUGUCCCCACCAAACAUAUUUUAAUCUGGAGUUCCGCUCAUACUCAUUUGCCCACCUGAAACUCGGACUUUCAAUGGCCGCGUCAAGCGUAGCCUACAUCCGCUCGGUACAGUGCAGUGUUACAGAUACAUUGGCGUUAUCGCCGAAAUGUGUUCGCUACGGAACGACGUAAUGUAGCGUUAUGCCUUUUGUGUAUUUUUGCUGUUUAUGUAAUGAGCAAAUCCACACACUCCAUGGACGUGCAAAUGACGAUAUCGGCAGCCUAGAAUUGUAUGCAUACAAUAUGCUGGCAAGGGUUUGGUAAACGUUGAAGAAAAAGGCAGGAUUUUUGAUUUUCGACAUUGAGAUUAAAAACCACUUCAUCGACUCCUGGACAUGGACUCCCAAUCGUCUGUGUUCCCCGUCACUCCUUAUGAGUGUAGUUUGCAUUCUUUCCGCGUUUUCCUCAUUCUCAAUCGCUGCUGCUGCUGCUGCUGCUACUGCUGCUGCUACUACUACUACUAUUACUACCGCUGCUGCUGUCUGUUCUCCAGCUUUAUACCGUAAUGUAGAAUGCGACUGACCCUUCCCUUAUUUAGAGAAAUGAGCGGCUGUGUUUGUGCUUCUCUGUUUUCGUUUGUUUUUUCCCCCCCUCGUCGUCCCUUUGUCGUAGUAAAUAACGAAACUUAAAAAAAUAUCUUCAAGGUUUGCAUGUUACUAUUAUGUGAGCAAAUAUGGUGCCUAACGUUCAUGUUUGAGCUGAUGUAGGAACCCAGUUGCACUCAAGCUCCUACACCUUCAUCGUGCCUCAUUUCCAAAGGUGCUUCUUUCACUAGUCUGUCUCUCUCUCUCUCUCUGUUUAUUUGUAAGGUGCUGUACAUAACUUGAAUAUAUUAUGCACAUAUCCUACCCAGUGGGUAGAAACCACAGAAAUACAUUGUUAAUAAUGUAAUAUACAGAGGAUAUUAAAAAAAAACAUUAACCGGGUGGCAUAACAUUUCGAAAUGCCUACAAAAUGUGCUUUGUCUUUUUAUAAACAGAAGAAUUAAAGGUUCGCGUAGCCUAUCGCUUUCUUACGUUAUAAAAACACAGACUGCUAAUCAUUUCCCAAAUAGAUACGUCUGUUACUUAAGGAUGAAACAAAAUGCUCCGAAAUUGCACGGUUUCUAACAGAAUCGGUACUCUUCGUCUUAUUUUUGCUUUUUCACGAGGAUUCUAAUCAGUGCCACUGCUUGCCAUUUUUUUGUGCCAGUUAGGCUACGCGGUUAGACCAGUUUGAACACACGGCAUAAACGAGAUUGUCUAGACCGUGUCAGUUAUUGAAAAACAAAAGUAAACGGCGAUUGAAUAAACAAUUAGACACAACCGAGUUAUUUUUUCUUUAUACUGGAAAGAAAGAAGCUCUUGGCCUUUUGAAGACCCCGCCUUUGCUUUCAACCCGUUGUCAUGGGAGGCCAUCUCACGGGGUGGUCUAUAGCAUAGAACUGUCAUAAACACAGUCUUAACUUUGUUGCUAUUCCAGUGUCCAUAGACUUUGAAUAGUAUAAUUUAAGUUUUAGUCAGGGCGGUACUGUGUCCUUAAGUCGCCUCAAUGGCAAACUAAGUGAACCCAUGUUUCCUACACAUUGAGCAUAACGUCCGUGAUGUGCCGUGUGUGUACCGUUACCUGAAUUCUCCAGCUUUGAGUCGGACUUAUGUGUCCUCGAAAUGUAGUCUAGCUUGCUGUUAGUCUUUUCGAGUUGAAGUCCACAUCCUGGUUUUUGAGGCACACACGCACACUGGCACUAGCUAGAGGGGUCUCCCCUUUGGUAUCGACCAACGUUUUGUCACCUGAGGUCUAGAUUUCUCACUCAUCUAUGGAGUCCCAACUGCAAUGCGCCGUCCUUAACUUUGAAUCCUGAUGAUCGAAUAGACGUUCAGACAACUUGAAUUGAUCAAUGUAUGUAUAGCCUAACAGGAUAGGGUAUGUGGCACGAUAACAUGCAGUUCGGCAUAAGGUAUGGUCACCUUCACAUUAUUUUACCACUUUUAGGAACAGAAAUUAUAAAGGGCUGGAAUUUGAGAUUCCUCUGUGCAUUUUUAAAGGCAUACUUUGUAUUGAUCCUCGUCACAAAUUACCUAGCGAAGCAUUUUUUGUAAUGAAAGAUAAGCUAACGGAGACAUCGUAAAACUUUCAUUAUAUAAGUCUGUAAGAGCACUAUAGUGGGAAAAGCUGUCAACCAACCAAAAAUGGGUAAUGCAGUUCAUGUCAUCACAUUAUCUCUUUUAUACAAAAAAGGUGUAUGAUGUACAGUAUAGAAAAAUAUUUUAAUUGCACUCAUAAUACUAAAUCCACUGUACAAUAGUUACGCAUGUUCAUUGUCUAUGUGUACAUAGAAAUGUCAUUUCUUAAGCAGACACACACACAUGCAAUUAUGCAGUUUUGAGAAGUUACUAUAAUUCUUGUUCCAACUAUAGGCUGUUCAUUUAUUUCUCUGCAAUUGCUUGAACUAAUGUGGGCGCUGAGUAAAUUCACCAGGGCUUUCCUUCAGUUACCAUAAGCCUGCGUGUGACGGCUGACAGCAGUCCCUUUUCCGCUCCUAAAUUAUCACAAUUAUGUCGGUCUUGGUAAUGAUCUGUGUAAUUUAUCGCAGGACUGCAUCAGCUAUUGGACUUUGUACCGUUUGUUUGCUUUACUCAAAAUGAAUCCCAGUGAAUUGGGAAGAAAAAAAAAAAAAACUGUAUAUUUUUGCCUCUUUAUUUAAGCAGUUGUGAUGUCAUAGGUUUUAGACCUAAGGUCGGUAAUUGCAAUACAUCUACAGAAAAAGAGAGAAACGUAUAUAUAUAUAUAUUGCUCCAAAUGCUGUUGUAGUCCUAAAUAAAGAAUCUAUGCUUGUACUUAUGCUGUGGUCAAACUGCAGCAGAAUAAUUAAAACUUUUAAAAAGA